AUGGAUUGUGGCAAGGACAUCUGUGGGAGUGGUACUCCUACAAAGCAUCAAGGAACUCGCACAGGGGAAAAACCAUUUAAAUGCAUGGAGUGUGGAACAUGCUUCCGUCAUAGACAAUCGCUAAGAAGGCAUCAAUAUACUCAUACAGGGGAGAAACCAUAUAAAUGUUUUGAGUGUGGAAAAUGCUUCACACAGAGUGGAAACCUCUAUAUACAUAUGCGAACUCACACAGGGGAGAAACCAUUUAAAUGUAUGGAGUGUGGAAAGAGCUUCCUUUUGAGUAAUCAACUUAAUGCACAUCAUCAAACUCACACAGGUGAGAAACCAUUCAGAUGUACGGAGUGCGGAAAGAGCUUCUCUCAGAGUGGACAGCUUAAAAGACAUCAGCGAAGUCACACAGGGGAAAAACCAUUUAAAUGCAUAGAGUGUGGGAAGUGCUUCAUCGAUAGUGGAACACUUAGAAAACAUCAAUGGACUCACACAGGGGGAAAACCAUUUAAAUGCAUAGAGUGUGGAAAGAGCUUCAGUCAGAGUGGAAUCCUUAAAUACCAUCAACGAACUCACACAGGGGAAAAACCAUUUAAAUGCACAGAGUGUGGAAAGAGCUUCUCUCGGAGUGGACACCUUCAAAACCAUCAACGAACUCACACAGGGCAGAAACCAUUUAAAUGCAUGGAGUGUGGAAAGAGCUUCACAAAGAGUGGGACGCUUAGAAGACAUAAGCAAACUCACACAGGGCAGAAACCAUUUGAAUGCAUGGAGUGUGGAACAAGCUUCCGUCAUAGAGAAUCACUAAUAAUGCAUCAAUGUACUCAUACAGGGGGAAAACCAUAUAAAUGUUUUGAGCGUGGAAAGAGCUUCCUUUUGAGUAAUCACCUUAAUGCACAUCAUCAAACUCACACUGGAGAGAAACCAUUCAGAUGUAUGGAGUGCGGAAAGAGCUUCUCUCGGAGAGGACAGCUUAAAAAACAUCAGCGAAGUCACACAGGGGAAAAACCAUUUAAAUGCAUAGAGUGUGGAAAGAGCUUCAGUCGGAGUGGAAACCUUAGAAAACAUCAAUGGACUCACACAGGGGAGGAACCAUUUAAAUGCAUAGAGUGUGGAAAGAGCUUCACAGAGAGUGGAAUCCUUAAAAAGCAUCAACAAACUCACACAGGGGAAAAACCAUUUAAAUGCAUGGAGUGUGGAAAGUGCUUCAGUCAGCGUGGAAACCUUAAAUACCAUCAACGAACUCACACAGGGGAAAAACCAUUUAAAUGCAUAGAGUGUGGAAAGAGCUUCAGUCAGAGUGGAUACCUUAAAUACCAUCAACGAACUCACACAGGGGAAAAACCAUUUAAAUGCAUAGAGUGUGGAAAGAGCUUCUCUUUGAGUGGACACCUUAAAAACCAUCAACAAACUCACACAGGGCAGAAACCAUUUAAAUGCAUGGAUUGUGGGAGAAGCUUCACUAGAAGUGGAACGCUUAGAAGACAUCAACGAAUUCACACAGGGCAGAAACCAUUUGAAUGCAUGGAGUGUGGAAAAUGCUUCCGUCAUACACAUUCGCUAAGAAUGCAUCAAUUUUCUCAUACAGGAGAGAAACCAUAUAAAUGCAUGGAGUGUGGAAAGAGCUUCGGUCAGAGUUCGAGCCUUAAUGCACAUCUACAAAUUCACACAAGGGAGAAACCUUUUAAAUGCAUGGAUUGUGGGGGAAGCUUCACUAGAAGUGGAACGCUUAGAAGACAUCAGCAAACUCACAGGGGAAAAACAAUUUAA